AUGAUGAUGAAGAGGAGGAUAAAAAAUGAUGUUGAGGAUGAUGAUGAUGAAGAGGAGGACAAAAAGGAUGAUGAGGAUGAUGAUAUUAAUGAUGAUGAUGAAGAGGAGGAUAAAAAGGAUACGGUGGGCUGGGAUCGAUCAUUCCACGCUAAUCUGCUGAGUCGUCAUCACCAGGCCCCGCCAGGAGCAGCAGGAGCGAGUGAGACGACCAAUCAGGAGGCUCCGACAUCUCUUUCGCCUGGUCUGGGGAACGCCUCGCUGGCCUCGCUGGCCUCGCUGGCCUCGCUGGAACCGAGACAGGGACCACUUGGCACCCAGACUUGGAAGGGAAGUGUACCGCAGCAGGAACAGGAAACACUUUCUGGAACAAGGUCACUUAGUAAUAGGAGGCGAGAGAAGACAGAGGAGGAGGGAAUCGCACCUGGGGGGGAGUCGUGGGUGGGGGAGAGAUGGAGGGUGAGGAGGGUGUGGAGGAAUGACGAAGGUGAAGAGAGUGAGGAGGAUGAGGAGGGUGAGGAGGAUGAGGAGGAUGAAGAAGGUGAGGGGGAUGAGGAGGGCGAGGAGGAUGAGGAAGGUGAAGAGAGUGAGGAGGAUGAGGAGGGUGAGGAGGAUGAGGAGGAUGAAGAAGGUGAGGAGAAUGAGGAGGGCGAGGAGGAUGAGGAAGGUGAGGAGGAUGAGGAGGGUGAGGAGGUGAGGAGAAUUAUGAAGGUGAAGAGAGUGAGGAGGAUGAGGAGGGUGAAGAGGAUGAGGAGGAUGAAGAAGGUGAAGAGGAUGAGGAGGGCAAGGAGGAUGAGGAAGGAGAGGAGGAUGAGGAGGAGUGAGGAGUAUGAGGAGGGUGAGGAGGAUGACGAAGGUGAAGAGAGUGAGGAGGAUGAGGAGGAUGAAGAAGGUGAGGGGGAUGAGGAGGGCGAGGAGGAUGAGGAAGGUGAAGAGAGUGAGGAGGAUGAGGAGGGUGAGGAGGAUGAGGAGGAUGAAGAAGGUGAGGAGAAUGAGGAGGGCGAGGAGGAUGAGGAAGGUGAGGAGGAUGAGGAGGGUGAGGAGGUGAGGAGAAUUAUGAAGGUGAAGAGAGUGAGGAGGAUGAGGAGGGUGAAGAGGAUGAGGAGGAUGAAGAAGGUGAAGAGGAUGAGGAGGGCAAGGAGGAUGAGGAAGGAGAGGAGGAUGAGGAGGAAUGACGAAGGUGAAGAGAGUGAGGAGGAUGAGGAGGGUGGGGAGAAUGAGGAGGAUGAAGAAGGUGAGCAGAAUGAGGAGGGUGAGGAGGAUGAGGAAGAUGAGGAAGGUGAGGUGGGUGAGGAAGGUGAGGAGGAUGAGAAGGGUGAAGACAAUGAGGAGGGUGUGGAUGAUGAGAAGGGUGAGGAGGAUGAGGAGGGUGAGGAGGGUGUGGAGGAUGAGAAGGGUGAGGAGGAUGAGGAGGUUGAGGAGGGUGUGGAGGAUGAGAAGGGUGAGGAGGAUGAUGAGGAGGAUGAAGAAGGUAAGGAGAGUGAGGAUGAUGAAGAUGAGGAUGGUGACGAGGAUGAGGAUGAUAAGGAGUGUGAGGAGGGUGUGGAUGAUGAGAAGGGUGAGGAGGAUGAGGAGGGUGAGGAGGGUGUGGAGGAUGAGAAGGGUGAGGAGGAUGACGAGGAGGAUGAGGAAGGUAAGGAGAGUGAGGAUGAUGAAGAUGAGGAUGGUGACGAGGAUGAGGAUGAUAAGGAGUGUGAGGAUGGUGACGAGGAUGAGGAUGAUAAGGAGUGUGAGGAGGGUGUGGAGGAUGAGAAGGGUGAGGAGGAUGAGGAGGGUAAGGAAGGUGAGGAUGUUGUGGAGGGUGAGGAGGAUGAGGAGGGUGAGGAAGCUGAGGAAGCUGAGGAGGGUGUGGAGGGUGAGGAGGGUGAGAAGGGUGAGGAUGAUGAGGAGGAUGAGGAAGGUGAGGAGGAUGAGGAGGGUGAGGAGGAUGAGAAGAGCGAAGACAAUGAGGAGGAUGAGGAAGGUGAGGAGGAUGAGGAGGCUGAGGAGGAUGAGAAGAGCGAAGACAAUGAGGAGGAUGAGGAGGAUGAGGAAGGCGAGGAGGGUGAAAAGGGUGAAGAGAAUGACGAAGGUGAAGAGAGUGAGGAGGAUGAGGAGGGUGAGGAGGAUGAGGAAGAUGAAGAGGAUGAGGAAGGUAAGGAGAGUGAGGAGGAUGAAGAUGAGGAUGAAGAUGAGAAGGAUGAUGAGGAUGAGGAGGAUGAAGAUGAAGAGGGUGAGGAGAAUGAGGAUGAGAAGGAUAAUGAGGAUGAGGAGGAUGUAGAUGAUGAGGAUGAGGAGGGUGGUGAUGAGGAUGAGGAGGAUGAAGAUGAGGAUAAGGAUGAGGAGGAUGAAGAUGAGGAUGAUGAGGAUGUAGAUGAUGAGGAUGAGGACGAUGAGAAGGAUGAUGAAGAUCAGAAGGAGGAUGAAGAUGAGGAUGAUGAGGAUGAGAAGGAUGAUGAGGAUCAGAAGGAGGAUGAAGAUGAGGAUGAUGAGGAUGAGAAGGAUGAUGAGGAUGAGAAGGAGGAUGAAGAUGAGGAGGCUGCUAGUGUGAGGCCAAGUGGAGCUCAGAGACAGAAAGGAGACGACAGCAGAAUAAAAAUGAGGUGUGAGACCAAAUGGAAGUGA